AAUGAAAUUGAGGCGCAGGAAUAUAUACGAUCUCCGAAGAAAGAACAUCAACUGAAGAACGAUUAUUGAUAUUAUGUGAAUGAACACUAUUCCCAGCAGUUUAACUACGCAGAUCGCAGUUUUAAGACGAUGAAUAUGUCAUAUCAGGUGACCUCCUCAGGAGGGGGUGGGAUCUCUAUGGGUAACAUGAACGCUAUCACCAUCAACACUCAACAGAUGGGCCACAUCAGCUCGGGCAUGAUGAGUGACGAUCUGAGUGAACCCAGCUCUCCCGAUAGUUCCACAUUUGACGCCUCAGACCUCCUCAGUACAUCAGUCCAGGACGAUGUCACAGCCCAGCUAGCUGCCGCAGGUCCAAUAGGAGUGGCAGCAGCGGCAGCCAUUGCUUCUGGUAAAAAACGAAAACACCCCCAUCAUUUUGAAACCAAUCCCUCCAAGAGAAAACGACAACAAACUCGACUUCUCAGGAAGCUGAAGGCAACUAUAGAUGAGUACAAUACUCGCAUUGGACAGCAAGCGGUGGUGUUAUGUGUCACUCCAGGAAAAAUGAGUCAGUCCAUCAACGCCUUCAAAGUAUUUGGUUCACAGCCCUUAGAGGGAGUGAUGAGGAACAACAAGAGUAUGAUCGUCCAGGAACUGGAGCAGUCUCUAAAUGAACAAGCCCCGCCCACCCAGCCAGACACGUCAGGGCUUCAUGAGUUACCUCCCCUGAACAUUGAUGGAAUCCCCACACCUGUAGAUAAAAUGACACAGCCGAAGGCUCAACUGAGGAACUUUAUUCCUGAGAUGCUGAAGUACUCCACAGGGAGGAGUAAACCAGGGUGGGGGAAGGAGGAGUGUCGCCCGGUAUGGUGGCCCUCAGAUCUCCCCUGGCAGAACGUGAGGAGUGAUGCCCGCACCGAGGAGGAAAAGAGAAAGGUAUCUUGGACUGAGGCAUUGCGGGCCAUUGUUAAGAACUGCUACAAGCAUCAUGGACGGGAAGACCUUCUUCAUGUCUUCAGUGAGGAGAACUCUGGGCCAUCCUCUCAGCCUCUCCCCCAUGCCCAGGCCUUCACGGGGACCAUGGUACAGACUAUUAACAACCCUGAUGGCACGGUGUCCUUUAUACAGAUCGACACGUCUCCACAGUCCGUGGUCACUCUGGCUGAUGGUACUCAGGCCACUGUUGUACAUGCUAUCCCCAACAUUGGUCAACAGGAGGCUACACAGGCAGUGCAGACUCUGGCAGAUGUAGCGACUCAUCACGAGGUCCCUCAGGGCAUGACAACACAGCCCAUCACCAUGGAGAUGAACCCAGAAACAGGCCAGGUCAAUGCCCUCCCCAUCAGUCAAGGUCACCAAAUCAUUUUAGCAGAUGACUCUCAUAUUGGAGGAAUAGUUACCAUCCCUGUAUCCAUGUACCAAACAAUUACCGGGGCAACAGUCGGCAUGUCUACAGGAAGUGACUCUCAACAUGUACAGGUUGCCAUGACACCAAUAUCAGCAGCUGGUGCUACAGUGGCCAAUAUUAAUGACAUUGUUAAAGUAGCAGGUCAUUCUGUGGAGGUUGCCAUGGAGCAACACUCUACAGGGUCAUAGUUCAAGGAGCAGCAUUCUUCAGGGUCAUAGUUCAUGGAGGGCUCUCUAUAGGGUCACAGUCCAUUAGAAAACACUCAGUGAAAGAAAUUUCUGGAAAAUUUUUAUAUUUUCAAACAGAUCAUUGAGCGUUUUUUGAUGGUACAUGUAUUAUUUUAAAAAUUGUUAUUCAUAGUUAUGUGUUCAAAGUUGUGAUCAAGCAAGUAGGGAGCAUUCUUUGCAUAGUUUAUAUGUGAAUUUAUUUCCACUCCAGUGAUCUGAUGCCAGUAAAAUUCUACAAUUGUUUUAUUUUAAUAUAUCUUAUUUUAUUGAUAACCAUGUCAUCUGAUUUGUACCUUGAUUGUUCUUGAUACACCUGUUUAAGGAAGCACUUGAGCAGAUCAAGAGUCAGCUAGGUAAGGAAAAAGCAUAAUAUUUUUUCUGAGUAAUUUGGGUACUUAACAUUUGUGUGUACAAUAGCAUCAUAGUUUUUAUGAUCUUUGAAUAUUUUGCUCCAAAUAACUGAAGUGCAGUGUAAGACAGAUUUCAUCAAUAAGUUAGGCUUAACAACACUCCAUGUAUCUUUUGAAAGAGAGAUUAUAUUGUAAGACAAUUUUAAGAGAAGAAAUUUUUACACCAUGAUGUAUAGGGCUUUAAAAAAGCCAAAAAUAUAUUUAUAAAUGUACAUGUAUAAUGAGAGAGGGAGAGAAGCAAUUUGUAUACUUUUACAGUAAAUUAUUAGAAGAUACAAAGUGGGUGUUUACUU